AUGUCGGAAAACAAUAACAUACCGAAAUCCAUCAUUACUGCAUUGACCAGGCACCAGGACCGACCUUUCAUAUUAUAUCUUGAGAAGGAUCUCAUCAAGUUUAUCAAGAAUUCCAUUUUGGGCAACAUCAAACAGCCAGAGUAUGUUAUACAAGCUCAAUACUUGAAAAAUUCAUACUAUAGGCUUUUGAGUCACCAGCUAUGCCAGUAUUACAAUUUACAACAUUGGAACAAUCAACAAAGCGAGAUUGUGGUUACUCCUAUACCGGACUAUGACUAUCAAUCAUUUAAGGAAUUACUAGACGAAGAUAAUGAAUCAAGUGAUUUUGUUAAAGUUGCCGACGUUGCAUCGCAAUAUCAAGCUGAGCAUUCACCUCCAUCCUCACCAACACAUGCGUCCAAUCAUUAUUCUCGUGGUAAUAAUUAUCAUAGUCAAAGUCAUAAUCCAAAUUAUAAUCAAAAUCAAAAUCAAAAUCACACUUCUAACCACAACCAUCACUCAAUGAACAAGCCGCAACAUUAUCAACAACAAAGAGCAUUUUCUCCACGAUAUCACUCGCAAUACAACAAUCCAUAUCAUUUGCAGCAAAUGAAUUACAAUGUGUACUCACCUAUCAAUAAUCAUGCAUUUAACCCUUCGAGGGGACCUCGCCCACAAAAUUUGUCAUCUGAAGGGUUGUUGGACAAUCUCAACAAUAAUGACAACAGCCACAACAGUACCAGUACCAGUACCACGACCAAUUCUAAACCCAAAUUCAUUGUGAAAAAAAUAAUAAACAAGCCUUCGCCACAAGCCCCAAGCGAAGAAACCAAAGAUGACGGAGUCAAGAGUCUUUCGGAAAGUCUUUCAAAUCUUAAUGUCGAUGUAUCUGCAACUGAGUUACCAGGUUCCGCCGAAUCGGAAUCUACGUCGGCGUCAGAAACUACCAAAUCUACUAUUGAAAGUCAACGUGCUUCCAAAGAAGCUCUUUAUAGGAAAUUACGAGAAGAAAUUUUCUUAAAAGAAGAUGAAGAUCAAAACGAUGAUGACGAUGAAGAGGAGGAGGAUGAUGAUGAAGAAGAGGAAGAAGAGGAAGAAGCUAACGAUGAAGAGGAGGAGGAUGAUGAUGAAGAAGAGGAAGAAGAGGAAGAAGCUAACGAUGAAGGGGAGGAUCUGGAGGUCGAAAGAAAAGAGAACGAAGACGAAUUUAAAAAUGGAGGGACAAUGUCACCCAGCGAGAUACAUGAGAAAACAGAAAAUUUUUCAAAAUCGAAACACCAGCGACAUGACGGGAAUUAUAGAGCGCAGUACAAACCCCGCCAGCCUCCUUAUAAUCGUCAGCAACUGCAAACAAACAUUGCUUCUCAAUCUAUGGGAUAUGGAUUUUAUCAAAACCAACACCACGUACAGAUGCAAAUACCCAUGCAAGCUCCAUACCAACAAAUUAUUGCACCAAAUGGUAUGCCGGGCUUAGUACCUCAAACUCCAGGCGGUGCUGUGCCUGUUUUUUUCAACCCAUAUUUUGCUGCUCAGCAACCAAUGGUUUCUCAAGCAUACGGCUAUCCUGCAGGGUAUCUCAACAUACCACCCCACUCGCAACUACCACCGAUACCACAACCGCCACCUCCAUACGAUAAAGAGACUGAAAGAAGACUUUUGAAUAAUCCGUACAUAAUUAUACCCGGAGACGAAAGACAACUGAAUGGCAAGACUGGAAAACCACAGCGUGGCAAAAGAAUGCCUCUGAAUUACAAAUCUCGGAAUGGUAGUGGAACUCUGGUGAACCAGAAUGGACAUGCAAAAGGAAGUAACCAGCACCUGUGA